CUCGCGCCCCCUGAGUUCUGACAAUGGCCGAUCCCGUCGCCUUCGACAUUGCCGUCCUCUAUGGCAUCCUCUUUGAGUGCAUGUUCUAUGGCCUCUACCUCGCCGUCUUUGGCGCGACCAUGUACGUGUUGUUCAUGCCGGUGUUCAGUCCCCGGACGGCCAGACAGGAGAAGGUCAACCUCGUCCUGUUGUCGACCGCGAUUCUCCUAUUCUUGUCACUCACAGUGCACUUCUGUAUAAACAUGGCACGUAUAUAUGGCGCGUAUGUUGUGCACGGCGCGGAGCCGUACGGCCCCAUCUUGUUCUUCGCGGAUUUGAAGUCACCACUGUCAUUGGUCUGGGCCGCGUGCUAUGUCUUUGAGGCGUUCAUUACGGACAGUCUCACGAUCUAUCGUCUGUACGUCAUUUGGGGAAGCAACUUCUGGGUGUGUAUUCCCCCCGGCCUGUGCGUCGGUGCCAUGCUUGUUUCUGGCGUCGGCACUGUCGUCUCGUUCUCCAAACUUGACUCGGGCAACGACCUCUGGACGAACGUCGCUGGAGACUGGUUGAUUUGCUCUUUCGUCCUCGGCCUUGCCACCAACAUCUUGGCCGUCAGUCUCAUCGGCUACCGUAUCCUCGUUCGUGACCGCAGAAUCACAGCCAUCGGUGGUGUUGGCAGCUUGAAGAACGUUAUCGUCGUCAUCAUUGAGUCGGCGGCGCUGUACACUUUCCUCAAGACGAUCAACUUGGUCCUACUUCUCACGAAGUCCAACGUCGCAUGGGCGUUCCUUAGCAUUGCCAACCCCAUCAUUGGUAUUGCGUCGCAUUUACUCAUCCUCCGGGUUGCCUGGAUGCGCCACUUCAAGCCUGCGACCACCCACUCUGCUAUGACCACACCGUCUCGCGGCGGCACAUACCCCAUGCGCGUGCAAGUCACCACCGACCGCGUGAACGACGACGACCUCGAGGCGUCGACGAUGAAGGGCGGCGACGACAAGCUCGCGCGCUCCGGCAACUGGUGAUCGCCUUUCGACACCCGUCUCGCUGUUUUCGUCCGUUCCCACUGGCAGGCACCACUCCUGCUUCGCUUCGGAACACUGUGCAUGGCCGCCCGGGAACAUGGCCCUGGAAGGAGCACUGGAAUUCUCUGCAUUUUUACACGUUCACCGCCCCGCUCGGCCCUCCCCCCACCCCUGCUCGCCGCAUUCCUUUUUACCCGCCGCUGUGCGUCCGCUCUUUUUACCUUCGUCGUCGGCUGUUCGGAGCGACCUGGCCCCCCGUGGAGGUCCCCUUUACUUGAGGGCGUGAACUUGUUGGCAUCCGAUAUCGACCUCUGGUACCAUACCCAGGAUUUCGCACACCCCAUCCUUCCCUUGACCACGCUCGCUUUGUAGCAGAUUGAACGUGGGCGUGCUCUCGUAUCAAAAUUGUAGAACCAUAUACUAUCAGCAUUUAAACGCGAUCGU